AUGUGGAAACACCGUCCCCCUUCCCGAUCCGAUUCAAAGUCUGGGAACACCGAUUCAGGCGAGCGUGGGUUCUUUGGCUGGUCGAAGAAGAAGUCGUCUCCGCUCUCUCUCUCGCGUCCGGAUUCCCCCGCUCGUUCGCCAUUGCGUUCUUUUCGCUCCUUUGCCCGCUCAGAUCGCCCGGACAGCAGACUUUCCAGCCACACUGCGGCUUCGCGACAGCGCACUCCCUCUACCUUGACGUCCGGCUCCUCCUAUCACCCUGACGGGCCCAAGCCGCUCUCUCAAUUCAACCCAAACUCCAACACCAUAUCCAGGACUACCUCUCGCGCAACGUCGAACACUAGUGGGAAGCCAAUGGCGGGCUUAAUGGAUGUUGACCGCAGUCGCACGCGGAGGGAACGCACAUUUGUCGGGACCGAGUGCGCUGUUUGCGAAGAGCCGUUGGAACAUACCUUGCGUGGAGAACGUGUGCUGCAAUUCUCCUGCGCUCACGUAGCUCACGAAGCUUGCUUCUAUGAAUAUCUUCGUGAAAUUGAGGGUCAAUACUGUCCGACAUGCGACGCGCCAUUGGGGCUUGACUCAACACGGGGCGGCAACGUUUUGGACAUUGAGAAAUUGAGCAAUAUCGUGCGUUCUGUCAACAGCGAUUCCGCUACUCACCGGAGUGGGUUGACGACUCCGACGCCAUGGGAUUCAGUCACCAGUCGACAGAACCCUCCCAGCGAGGUUGGAAGUCGGCCAUACAACCGCGAUAGUCGGGAAAUGUACAACCGUCGAGAUAGCAAGGACACCGGAAGCCAGCGCGAGCGGAUCGAACGUCUGACACAGGGUUCUCGACAGCAGCACUCGCGCAACGGCAGCGCUGCUGGAUCUUCCGGCGACUACCACGAUGGCCGUCGCCACGACUAUGACCUUCAAGCGAUGGAAUCGGAUUUGAGCCCGCGCACUGCACCGGCCAUGAAGAACCCCGUCCCCGCGCCUACCGUCACGAUCCGGAGCGAGUUCCCCACGCUCAACCGGUCACGGCAGCAACAGUCACUCACAUGCUUGAUCACGGUAGAAGUGCCGGAGGGCAACUGGCGUCCGGAUGCAGAUGACUUGCGCAGCGGCUCAACGACGCAUUCACAGCCCAAGGAUGAACCGUACCCGUCGGGUCGCUUCCCGUCGAUACCGGACACCAAACCACCGCCAUUCGAGGCUAGGGAGAACCUUGAGGAAAUUGCGGAAGAACUUAGGACGAAGGUGGACAAUUGGCACGGCCUGGAAUUCUCGAGGUUCGGUAAACUUCGCUUGCAUGGGCACAUGCGGGUUGGGAAAGACCGCGAUUCAUGGCAGGAGCUGGAGUGUUAUUUGUUCCAGGAGAUGCUCAUUUGCGUCAAGGAGAAGCGGAUCCCUGAACAUCAGCAGUACGAUGGGCAGCAGAAACGGCCGAGUCGAUUCACUCUCAAGGGGUCCAUUCUGAUCAAGAAGCAUUUGAAGACGAUCGAAGAUCUUGCUGAUGAACCCAUCCUUACCCUUCAUUUAUCCGUCAGCGAACUCCCCUGCUUCUUCCUUCGCUUCCAGAACCGAAAUCAGCUAGAUAUCUGGCGCCGAUAUCUCCUGGACCUCAACGCGGUUGAACCUAUUCGAAGUCCAGAACUCGAUUUCGACCGUCAGUCUGGGCAAGAGGAGGACGACUACCGUACCGGCAACAUGAAGCGACAGGCAUCAUUGAACUCGUCGUAUGGGGCAGCGCGAUCGAACAACACAGCCAUCACUGACUACACAAACAUCGGCGUGGAGAGUGUCCCGGCAUCUGUCCAUAUUCCGGUUGAUCUUGUUGUAGUGAUUCCGGUCUCAUCUUCAAUGCAAGGCCUGAAGAUUACCCUCCUCCGCGACGCGCUCAAGUUCCUGGUGCAGAACCUCGGCCCUCGAGACCGCAUGGGAUUGGUGACUUUCGGCUCGAGCGGAGGUGGUGUUCCCCUGGUUGGAAUGACGACAAAGUCAUGGGGUGGCUGGUCGAAGAUCUUGAGCUCAAUUCGACCUGUUGGACAGAAGAGCUUGCGCGCGGACGUGGUGGAAGGAGCCAACGUGGCAAUGGAUCUGCUGAUGCAGCGAAAGUCGGCAAACCCAGUGUCAAGUAUCCUCUUGAUCAGCGACUCGUCAACUUCGGACCCCGAGAGUGUGGACUUUGUCGUGUCCAGGGCGGAGGCCGCGAAGGUGGGCAUUCACUCUUUCGGGCUCGGAUUAACGCAUAAACCGGAUACCAUGAUCGAGCUGUCGACGCGGACCAAGGGUUCUUACCUGUAUGUGAAGGACUGGAUGAUGCUUAGGGAGUGCGUUGCUGGAUGCUUGGGAGCCGUUCAGACCACAUCACACCAGAACGUGAAGUUGAAGCUUCGCCUGCCGGAAGGUUCUCCAGCCAAGUUCGUCAAGAUCAGCGGAGCUUUGCAUACAACGAAGCGAGCUACAGGGCGAGACGCCGAGGCUGCGCUCGGUGAUUUGAGGUUUGGCGACAAGCGGGAUGUUCUAGUGCAACUGGUGAUUCCGCCGGACAACGCGACCCACGAGACUCCACCCCAGGACCCAUGGGAGAGUUUGGUAUCAGGGUUGGAGGCCCUUGGAGGCGGGUCAGAUGGUGAUGAACAGCGCAUCCUGAGUGUUGAGGAAGUUCCUCUGAUCCAGGCGGACCUGACUUAUGGUGAUUUGCUUCGCGACGGCCAUCUCACACAUUCACCGCGACCUUCGCUGCUCGCGAUCACCAUGCUACCGCCGAACCCGAGAUACAAGGGCUCUGGACGUCCUUCGACUCCACCUAUUCCUCCACACCCAUCAGUCGUUCAGCGCCGCAUGGAGCUUCUCACUUCCGAUAUGCUAACCCGUGCCCUGACGCUCGUGUCUCGCGGCCAGCACGACCGAGCCCAGCACCUAUUGACGGAGACCCGAAGUAUCCUCAAGGGUCUGGGCAAGGGCAGCCUCCCUCCUCUUCCUCCACCCGCUGCAAAGACCCCUACCGACGCAGAACCCCGCGGUGACACACCGACAUCGAGCUCUCCCAAAUCUUCUACGUUCGAUAGCCACUCUUCGGCUGCCUCCGACACAAACACCAUCACCCCCGUCGCCGCAGUUGACACUCAAACCAUGAUGGCUCUAGAUGGCGACCUCGAAUCUUCCCUCGAGUGGAUUAACCACCCCGCCGUCUUCGGCCGCGACUCCCGCAAGGCCGUUCUCCAGAGCAUCGGCGUCAUCUCCUCCCAGCGCGCGUACACUUUCCGCUCGCCGUCCGAGGCACACUGGGCACAGCGCAUCUCUGGUGUCCGACGACUGACCGAGCGGUCGAAGGAAUGGCGUGAGACGGGUGACGACGCGCUGACUGAGGAAUAG